ACGUGCACCCGGAGCUAUUUUGACAGCGUACCAUCAAGAGGCAGCGGAGAUCGCGCCGUGAGCACAGGGAAGUGCAGACAUUUAUACUUUCCAUUGACCAGCGGAAAACCUUUCCAGCCGCGGCUUGUUGCUGAAAUAAAUGGAACCGUAAACGAAGCGGCCUCAGAGAUCUGGAUAAUAAGCUGCCCUUACAGAGACGCCACAUCGUUGAAAAUGCCGCGGAGAAAGGUGGGACAGCAUCACGUCAUAGCUAAUGUUAGCCGCGCAGAGAGAACGGCCGGGAGCAGCUCAGACGGGACCGAGGAUUCCGAUUUUUCCGCCGACCUUGAGCACGCCGAUGCUUCCGAUAACGGCCGGAGGCGGAGCAGCGCUCGCCUGACCCGCUCCUCCCUGCGCCUCAGCCAGAGCUCACAAGAAAACUGUAGACCAGCUCGCCGCCUGUCCUCUGCUGCGGCGGCUCGAGACGACGGCCCAGACGUGUCCGCAGACUCAGCAGCACCGGCCUCCGUCUUCUCCUCCGGCCGCAGGAUCACGCGCAGCCAGCAGGGGGCGAGCAGCACCACGGCCAAAAAGUACCCGCUGCGACAAAGCCGCUCAUCAGGCUCGGAUACUGAAGCUAACGACGGGAAGCACGGGGCGGACCGGGACGAGACUCCUCCCCGGACCCCGACAGGCAACGCCUCUUCUUCAGAGUCGGACCUCGAGGUCUCCAGCUCAAACAACGAGACGGUGACGUCCAACGACAUCAUCGUUUCUCAGGAGGAGGACGAGAGGCUGGCCAAAGAGCUGUCGCUGAAGGAGGCGGCUGCCCACGACCUCUCCCACCGCCCCAAACGACGCCGAUUCCACGAAAGUUACAACUUCAACAUGAAGUGUCCCACACCUGGAUGCAACUCACUGGGACAUCUGACAGGAAGACACGAGAGACACUUCUCCAUUUCUGGAUGCCCGCUCUACCACAACCUCUCUGCAGACGAAUGCAAGGGCAAAGCAUCAACGCGCGACAAGCUGGCUGAGGAGAGGACGCUGUCGCACCGGCACGACGAGAACAGACACUCCACCAGAAACCAGGCGCCGAGCGAUCGUCAGCUGCGCUACAAGGAGAAGGUGACGGACCUGAGGAGGAAGAGGGACUCCGGCCUGAAUAAAGAGCAGAAGGACAAGUACAUGGAGCACCGGCAAAGCCACGGGACGAGCCGGGAGCCCCUGUUGGAGAACAUCACCAGCGACUACGACCUGGAGCUGUUCAGGAAAGCGCAGGCACGUGCCUCGGACGACCUUGAGAAGCUCCGUCUGGCGGGUCAGGUGUCGGAGGGCAGCAACAUGAUCAAAACCAUCGUGUUCGGCCGCUACGAGCUGGACACCUGGUACCACUCCCCGUACCCGGAGGAGUACGCCCGCCUGGGGAGGCUGUACAUGUGCGAGUUCUGCCUCAAGUACAUGAAGAGUCAGACCAUCCUGCGCAGACACAUGGCCAAAUGUGUGUGGAAGCAUCCGCCAGGAGAUGAGAUCUACAGGAAGACCAACAUCUCUGUCUUCGAAGUGGAUGGAAAGAAGAACAAGAUCUACUGUCAGAAUCUGUGCCUGCUGGCCAAACUCUUUCUGGACCACAAGACUCUGUACUACGACGUCGAACCCUUCCUCUUUUACGUCAUGGCCGAAGCCGACAACACGGGCUGUCACUUGGUUGGCUACUUCUCUAAGGAGAAGAACUCCUUCCUGAACUACAACGUGUCCUGCAUUCUCACCAUGCCUCAGUACAUGCGGCAGGGUUACGGCAAGAUGCUCAUCGACUUCAGUUACCUGUUAUCCAAGGUGGAGGAGAAGGUGGGCUCUCCAGAGCGCCCCCUGUCGGACCUGGGCCUGAUCAGCUACAGGAGUUACUGGAAAGACGUUCUGCUGCGCUACAUGAACAACUUUCAGGGCAAGGAGAUCUCCAUUAAAGAGAUCAGCCAGGAGACGGCGGUGAACCCGGUGGACAUCGUCAGCACGCUGCAGGCGCUCCAGAUGCUGAAAUACUGGAAGGGGAAGCACCUGGUCCUGAAACGACAGGACCUAAUCGAUGACUGGAAGGCGAAGGAGACCAAACGGGGUAACGGCAAGACCAUAGACCCCACAGCCUUAAAAUGGACCCCCCCUAAAGGGACAUAAAAGCCCCCUGUCUUUCACUGGCAUGCUCCUUUGCCCCGAGCUUCAAUCUUUGCAGCUGCAGCACUUAAAACUACUGAGGUCUGGGUUUCUGAUGGUUCAAACAGGCGCUAGGCUUUAUUCAGCACUAACCCCACCCCCACCCCCCUCCGGACGCCUUCUUGAGAGAUUUAUGGAUGUAGGACGUUAAAACAACUAAAUAUUUAUGUAGCAGAGGUUUCUUUAUUGUUUUUAAGGCUGAGCUGUGCUGCACACUUCCUGUUUAGACAUCAUUUCUCAUAUCAGUGGCCUCUGACCUUUUAGCCACGCCCCCUUUACAAAGACACUUUGUCCCUGAACUGUAUUUAGGAGAGUUAGAUUUAUUUAUAUAAAAAUACUGUAAGUUUUCCUUUUAAAAUUGAACUCUACUAUUUAUUCUGAGGUUGAGGGAGGAGCCACAUCUGCGGCUGAUGUUUCUCCAUCCAUCUCUCCAGUAGAGUGAAACUGCGUUAGUAACGGGCGGCAGGCGCCCGCUCAUCCUGUCCCCGCAUCGAACCGGCGCGGAGGCGUUGGACGGAGCGCAGCCCGCCGGCGUGCUCCUCACAGCUGUCAUGCUGACAAAAACCAGCGCAGCUCCAACAGGAAAAUAAACAAAUAAAUAAAAAAAGCCAACUCCCCUGUCCUCGCUGCUCCUGUCAGACGCCACAGCGGCUUCAGCGCACUUUGUGGAGGGGGGCCAGGUCUGAUUGUUAUGAAACAGGAACAUCUGUUUGAACCCCUGGAAACCUGCAGCCGUGGAUGAGUGAGGCAGACAAACUAUAGCUGCCCCUGGGAGGGGGCGACCUGCAUUUAUGCCUCACAUUUGAGCUUCUUCUGUGUGUUUGGGUUGUCUUUUCUCAUCUUCUCCAUUGUGGGAAAACUGGUCACUUUGGUUUUGUUGGAGUUCCGUUUGAUGCUCUUCUACCUCUGAGGUUUUACCACUGAUAUAACACAAAGCUGGAGCAGCCUGGGAGAAGCUUUUCCUUUUCCUCUCUGUGUUUAGUUGCUCUUCUUCUUUUUCUUCUUGGAGUGGUUCUUUUGUUGUUUUUUUUAAACAUUUUUAAAGCCUACUAUUUAUAUUCUUUAAAAUGUGUUGAGCAUGUAAAGGUCUUCCUUUGGAAAUGUAUUUAUCUUAAACAGGGUUUGUGGAUGUAAAUGUGUCAAAGUUGUAGAAAAGGUACAGGAAGCUUCAUUUCAGAGCAUCGAUGGCGCCUGAAACGUGCUAAAGCACCGUCUGUUUCUGCACAUUUAGAGCGGCUUUUCUUUGUUUAAGCUGUUUGGCUUUAAGUCGUGACGAGUCAUUAGAAACGCACUCGGAUAAAAAUAAUGUUUUAGACAUUCUGAUGAUGGAGGAACUAUGUCUAUAAAGAAAAGGAAGAGUAAAAUGGUAUUUCUGAGUGUUUCUUUAUUGAAAUGGUGGUGAGUCUGGAGCAGACGGACCUAUGACAGACGAGCUCCCUGCUCCGCUCCAUUCUGAUGCGUCCGCUUGCAGACGAACAGAUCCGUGUUUUCCUCGUCUAAAAUGCACGGCUCCGACAUCGCUCACCGUCUUUUCUGCACCGGUGGUGUUAGGUUGGGGUUGUGAGGGAAGAGCAUGUCAACACAUGGAUGACGGGAAGUGGGGGCGGGGUUGCUCUGCAUCAUCAGUCGCGCUCACAACUCAAAAGUGAAGUUAAGAUGAACUCCUGCCGAUCUGCAGAAACUAUGUCCUAGAAAACGACACAGGUUUUAUGAAUUUGACUUAAAACGACAUAAUUCCCAUUAUGAGACCAGUGGGAACGCUUUUAGAAAACAUAAAAAGAUGAUCGGAGGGGGGGUUAAAGAUGUUGGGAAAGAUGCCUCCAAGUAUCUGUGAUGGAAUACGUAUGUUUUCUAAAACAAACGGGUCUUUAUUCAAACUGAAAUGACCUUAAAGAGGACUUUUGAAUCAUGGAGAAGUAACACAUGAGGACAGUUUGGUUUAGUUUGGUAACGCUAAAGUGAACUGAAAUCCGUCACCAGGACUAAACUACGGAGAAGACGCUCAUUAAAGUCGCGCUCCCAUCAUCUUUUGUUCCCGGUUUUAAUCAUGAUGAUACUGUUUUUUAGUUUUUAGCCAAAAUCAAAAACCUGGUGUCAUUUUCUAGGACAUAGUUUCUGCAGAGCCGCAUCUGAAAUUCACCUCUGAGUCGUGGGCGGGGCUGACGAUGCAGAACAACCCUCCUGACAUCACUGCAAUCCGAUCAUAUAGUUUUGAUCCGGAUUCCAGUUUAGAAGCACACGGAUCUAUUCGUCUGCAAGUGAACGCAUCAGAAUGGGGCGGAGCAGGGAGCUUGUGGCCCCGCCCACCAUAUUUUGUACAUAACAAACACGAUCCUCGUCGAACUUCUUUUUUUUUUUUGUCUGUUCCUGAUUUACAUUGAUUUGAAUAAAGAAAUACCCAGAAAUUCUAUUUAAGCUUCAUUUUCUUUAUGUCUUCCAGAAUCAGAAAAUGUAUCACAAAAACAUGUUAAAAAUAUCUUUUUUUUUUUUCGAGAGGGUCUUUCAGGCGUUCAGGUUAAUCUUUUUUGCAAUCUUCCCAAAAGGUCCAAUCCAGUAACUUGUUAACCAUCUGGUUAAACAAACCGCAGCUUCACCGGACUAACCUCCCGUCUGGAGUCUGCAGAGUUUGAGUCUCAGCGCAGUCCCGCCUUUUUCCAGAACCGCUGCUGAAACCUGACUGAAGGACUGAUCAAUCAAAGCAGCAGAAACACUUUUUCACAUUUAUUGUUAGAAGUUCUGUGUGAAAAUGCAGUCAGUCAAUCAAAGGGACCCAUGCUUUUGUUUUUUUCCGAUUUCCUCUAUAAAUGGAUGUUUUUCCCCGUCCAGACUGUUAUUUUUUUUCCUUUUGUGCCAUGUGUUGCAGCCUUUGCAGUAUGUCGGGGUGGAAGUUGCUUUUUACUGGAGGGGGGGCGGGUUGUUGCUAUGAUUCCCCCCAGCUUUCCCUCUGCGUCGUUCUGUGGAGCUGUUGAUGGGGCUCACUGUAGUUUUAGUUAUUGCCAAAUUUCACAUAAACGGGAAAGUGCACUUAGUUUUUGGAAAAACCUUAAAGAGGCAAAGAUCCAUCCCAACGUGCACUCCUGGCUUUUUUUUUUUUUAAACAAAACAGCCUCUUUUUUUUUUUCUUUUCAUUUGAGUUUUUUCAUGCCAGUAUGUCGUCUGCCACUCCAGUGUGAGGAUGAGUACAUCUUCAUCUUUCCUUUUAGUUUUUAACAAUGUUUAGAAGCCAUUUAGACUGCAGUGCAUCAUAAGUAGAUUAUGUCCCUCAAGUUAAAAUAAUCCAGUAUUUAAUGUUCUUAUUUGUUAAAAAUGCUCAAUCAAACCAGAAAUAACUAACUCUAUGUUGGAAAGCAUUAAUCAUGUCUUUUUUUUGUUCAAGCAUCCACUUAAGUGUGUUUCUUUUAAUACGUCAUACCUUAUUUUUUUGUCUUUCCUGUCAUUGUGGUUCUCGGUUGCGUCUUUCCUUCUUUCCUGUGCCGAUGGCAGCCAUAGACCGACACUACCAGAGCAGCUGCUGGUUCCUCGCCCUCCUCCGUUGGAUGACUUACUAAGCUUUGCCUUCCUUUAGCCACCUGCUGUACUGCUGCCUUGCUCAAGCAGAGACGCACAACCGCGGCGUGGCGUCCACAUGUAGCUCGACUGAGUGUUUGCUUCUUCUCCUGCCCUCCUCUACAAUAAAUACUGAGUGACAUGGGA